AAGACUCACUAUGGUUGACCCAAUCACUACAUGCGACAUUGCAUAUUACUCUGAAGCCUUACAGCCCUACACAUUCUUCUAUUUAUACACAAUAUUAUCUGUCAAUGCAAGCUGUAGCUUUAGUUAUUGUUAAAGUGAAUAAUAUAGAUAAAUGUAGCUAGUGAAAAGUGUAUUGCAUGGUUCUAACGCGUUGAUUAUCCACUUAAAGUUACUGCCCCCUGAGGUGAUAUAAGUCAAGGCAUAAUGUUGGAUUACAGUGAUGAGUUAGAAUUACAAAAAGAAGCAGACGAGGUGGAACAAUUUGCCAUGACUUCAUUAGGAAAACUAAUAUUUGUAGACUUACACUGUAGGCAACCAAAGUCUUUAUCUUCUGAUAAACCAUCUUUAGAUAUUAUUGAUUCCUUAUCCCUUGCUUUUGAAAAUCUGUUUUAUAUGCCAUUUGACAUCAUUGAAAAUUAUGGUAGUACUUUACGUACACUGGAUAUUAGCCAUAAUAAAUUUAGUAGAAACUUACAAUUCUUGGCUGAAUUUGAGAAUUUAACAUCUCUCAACUUAGAUCACAAUGACAUAGAUGAUCACACUGUAUUUCCACAUAUGCCAAAACUUCAACUUCUAUGGUUAAAUCAUAAUAACAUAGAAGAACUGUAUCCAUUUGUUAAGAAUCUCUAUGAGAGUGUACCCAAUCUUAGAUAUUUAUGUCUUAUGGGUAAUAAGGCAGCACCAAGUUAUUUAAAUGGUGGAAGUUUUUAUGACUAUCUUCAAUACAGGUUGUACAUCAUAUCUUGGUUUCCUCAUUUGGUACAUUUGGAUGACCGAAUCGUAACUUCGGAACAACGUCAGGAAGCAAGAAGACUUUUCAAGCGACCAUUCUUAGAAAAUUUGACUGAACAUGCUCCUCUUCCAGAGUGCAUUAAACAUCUGCACAGUAAAUUAACAAACAUGUUCUCGAAACCAACACUGCCUUAUAAGUUGAAACCAAGAGGAACAAACUUUAUUAUUUAAUGCAGUAUUAAAGUUGUUAAUAUAAUUCAACUUGAAAGUUAUCUACUUUUAUCAAAGUAGCAUAACAUUUCUAGAAGGAUACAGGUUUUUAUUUAGCGUAAAAUAAUAUUUAUGAAAAAAAAAGCGUAUGGUUUUACUUCGUAUACAAAUAAAUAAUACACGGAAACAAGCACUUGGGGCAGUAACAGAUAAGUGUAUACUGAAGUACAUAACUUUUUUUUUUUAAUACUUCGGUCUAAACAAUAUGAUUAAAUCAUUUGUAUGUAAACAAUAAAAAUUUUAGGUCAAAUAUAAUGUCAACAAAAACGUAUUUAAUUAUACAACAGUUUAUAUAUAAAUACUACUGAAUUGUAAUUCAGAGAGUACUCGUUCUAUUUUGCAAUAAUUUUUUAUAAACGUUGUAUAAUAAUACCUUUUGUACAGUGCGCUUGUAUGUAUUUGCUCAGAAAAAUUUUAUAUCAAUGGUAGUAACGAAUAAAAACUUUUAAUACAAAAUA